ACGCCAAGAAGCACUUCUUUUUGCCGCCGGCAAGGCACCCGCGCCAUUAUUCCUUAGCGCUCAUUUCAGCUCAGAGCCUCUCUUUGGCCUUAACACACUGUCGCGACAUGGCCCUGGCGAGUGCCGUGAAUGCUGCGAGCACGUCGAGUUCGUCUACAGAGACCAAGACGAAAGCCAAGAAGCGCUAUCUCAAGGCCAAACGAGAGAGACGCAAAACUCGCAGAGCUACUGCCGCACCAUCUCGCGGACGUGGCGAUGACGGAGAUCGUGAGGAUGAGGGAGAAGAAGGGGACGAGGGCACGGCUUCUGUCAACGAGCAUACUACGGAGACCGUGAAGCGAGUCGAAGUUUCCGAGGGCGAUUGCGAACACGAGGGCACACGGAGGAAACCAAAGAAGCGGCGCAGGUUGAGUUUUCCGGAGGAACAACAUCCAGCAGCAGUUGCUGAAGACGAACCAGAGCUAGCACACCAAGAAGAAACCCCAGCCGACGCGCGCGAAUCCCCUGCUCCCCCCGCUGCCCUCCCUGCGUUUCCCCUGCCUUCGAGACCAGAUGCGCCAUCGAAAGCGACACUAGCCCUUCAAGGUUUAGACAAGGCAAUAGUAGAAGCAGAGUUGGUCGACCCACGGAAGACCGUGCCCAUUUCGACGGAAUCAGAGGCAAGCGUCCUGCUAAGCGAGAAGACGAAGAAGAGACUGCAAGAGCUCGGUAUUACGGAGUUGUUUGCUGUACAGACUGCCGUAAUACCGUUCUUGAUGUCAGACCAGAAGCAGCGACGAUUGUAUCUCCAUGAUCCGCCCCACGAUAUCUGCGUCUCUGCUCCUACCGGAAGUGGCAAAACUCUCGCAUAUGUCUUGCCCAUUGUUGAGCUCCUUUCAUCCAGGGUUAUCACCCGUCUGCGCGCUCUGAUCGUGCUUCCUACGCGAGACUUGGUUACUCAAGUACGUGAAACGUUCGAAGCCCUUGCCAAAGGACGCAGUCUCAAGAUCGGUACUGCGACAGGCCAGCAUUCCUUUGCCCACGAACAAUCCCAGUUGGUUGCCGACCGUACUCUGAGACUGCAAGGCGGAUCUAGCAAAAUUGACAUCCUGAUAUGCACUCCUGGGCGUCUGAUAGACCAUCUCAAUGGCACCCCGAAUUUCUCCCUUCAACACCUCCGCUUCCUGGUUAUCGAUGAGGCGGACAAGCUGCUGGCCCAGUCUUUCCAGGACUGGUUGGCUCGGGUUCUCUCCGCGACUCGCCCGUCCGAGAUCCCGACCUCACCGGACCUUGUGAGCGGCGUCGCAUCGAGCACUGAUAGCAUCCCGACGCCGGAUGGUUUGGCUCCGGCCUUUUUGCACAUUUUUCACGGCAUCCCACACGUCCGGACCGACUUCGACGAGCCCAAGGAGACCUCUUGCCAGAAACUACUAUUCUCAGCGACUCUGACGCGGGAUCCAUCCAAGAUCGCGGCGCUCAAUCUGAGAGAUCCGAAAUAUUUCGUGGUUCAGGGCUCAUCUCGGGAGAUUGCUACACAGCAAGAGGGUGUGCUGGACCUUGUCAUGGAAAAGUUCAACAUGCCGGCGACGCUCUUGGAACACAUGAUUGUUUGCGAAUCUUCGCAAAAGCCUUUGGUGCUCUUUCACUUGGUCCAUACUCACGGCGUGAAGAACGCCCUAGUAUUUACCAAGUCCGCCGAGUCAACAGCACGACUCGUCAAGCUCUUCGAAUUCUUCGAGCUAAGUCGUAUCUCCUCAACAGAGCAGCAAGGCUCAGCAAUUGUCCUGAGCGCGUAUUCAAGUGACCUCGCGCCGAGCGCACGCAAGGAGAUAUUGGAUAAGUUCAAGAACCAAGAGACUCACAUCCUUGUAUGCUCGGAUCUUAUCUCUCGUGGUAUUGAUAUCAGCCAUGUCUCGCAUGUGGUUAGUUACGAUGCGCCGGUGGACAUGCGCAAGUACGUGCAUCGCGUUGGGCGUACCGCCCGCGCGGGGCGCACUGGAGAUGCCUGGACCUUGAUUGAGGAACAAGAGGCUCGGCAUUUCAAGAACAUGCUGAAGGAGGCGAAUCACCUGAACGCAGUCAAACGCAUGAGGGUAUCUGACGCCGAUCUCGCGCCGCUGAAGCGGAGCUAUGAAGAUGCCCUGACGAAGCUUAAGGAGGCAUACUCCCGCUGAUCAGCAUCGCGGCCUCCCUGUCAUUCCAAUAAUCGCUUUUGCGGUUAGUACUUUCCGUGUGGGAAGCUGUGGAGCGUUUAGCGAGCUCCGGAUUGACAACUGGAUGACGUUUAGCUCCUUCGUCAUGCUGGCACAUCGUCAUGGCCAAUUUCAGUGCGGCGCUUUGCAUGCACGUCUUCGCAAAGGUGUGAUAUCACGGUCUGGUCUCGAGCUACAGCGUUCAUGGACCGGCCCUGCUGCGCACCUUGCAUAGUUCACGGACCGUAUUCAUCGAGGCUACUAGCUUUUGGCGAAUUUCCUCCGCGACACAUUUACUAGGUAGACGUUGUAUCAUUCAAAUAAAAUGCUUUGAAUGUCUACACGAACAUCCCACGUCGUGUGACUUCG